CGGCGUCGCUGCUGCACGCCUGCACCGGUGGUUGCAACACCCUCCCCCCUUCAUUCUCGGCUUCUCGCUCGUCGCCGUCUUGCCGCUAGCCUGUCUCACCUCGCGGCCGGCAGCCUUGCGCGACGCGCCGCGCUCUUUCACAUUCAAAAUUAUUCGCAAUCGCAACCAUUGCAAAAACUCUCUGUGCAAUAAAAUACUUAAUAUUUCGAUGCGUUCACAAUUAGUCUGAAAACAGAGAGGUAGUUUAAAGUUAACAAAGAAAUUAAGUGCCUUUUAAACUUUGAAUGCACUCCUCGUUGCAUGUCCCGCGCGCGUCGUUAUGAGAACCCCGUACUGGCGGUCACGUUGACGUCGCGCCGCCAUAUCUGUCUCGGCCACCAACUAGCAAAAUUAAUAGGCUCCAAAAUUGUGUCACUUCACUAGAAGAAUGCAAUGACACGCGCAUUCGCUUUUUGAAAUUUCACCUUCACCCGGAUGGAAUGAGGAGUGCACAAUCCCAUUGUUUCACAGUUUCAUAUGUUUGAACAUCAUUUGUUUUUUUGUUUUUCGGACGAUUAGAGAGUUAUCAUUUUCUUCCAAAAUUACAAAAAUUACAAAAUAAAGAAUGGCGGAGGGCAAUGGAGAAAUACCCAUUGAAGAGGUACCUGGGAAGGACUCCGAUGUUGGCCGGACACCGGAUUACCGCAAACUCAUUGACUAUGGCUUGGAUCCUAAGGUAGCAGCCAAGCUCGACGACAUUUAUAAGACUGGAAAGCUAGCGCACGCCGAACUGGAUGAACGUGCGUUAGAUGCCUUAAAAGAAUUUCCAUCCGACGGUGCUUUAAGUGUUCUUGGACAAUUUUUAGAUUCAAAUCUCGAGCAUGUAUCUAAUAAAAGUGCUUAUUUAUGUGGAGUCAUGAAGACCUAUAGACAGAAAAGCAGAGCGGGUGUCCAAGGAGCGCCCGCGUUGGCUUCAACUGUCCCCGUGAAGGGCCCCGACGAAGAGAAGAUCAAACAAAUAUUAGCCCGGACCGGGUACACGUUAGAUGUUACCACAGGUCAACGCAAGUACGGUGGGCCGCCGCCCGGGUGGGAGGGCGGUACGCCGGGCGCCGGCUGCGAGGUGUUCUGCGGGAAGAUCCCGAAGGACAUGUACGAGGACGAGCUCAUCCCGCUGUUCGAGCGCUGCGGCACCAUCUGGGACCUGCGCCUCAUGAUGGACCCCAUGACGGGCACCAACCGCGGCUACGCCUUCGUGACGUUCACGACGCGUGAAGCCACGCAGCGCGCCGUGCAGGAGCUCGAUAAUCACGAAAUAAAACCUGGGAAGACUCUGAGAAUUAAGAUUAGCGUACCGAAUCUGCGACUUUUCGUCGGCAACAUUCCCAAGUCUAAAGGCAAAGAGGAGAUACUGGAAGAGUUUGGUAAAUUAACAGCUGGGCUCGUCGAAGUUAUAAUAUAUAGUUCGCCCGAUGACAAGAAGAAAAAUAGAGGAUUUUGUUUUUUGGAAUACGAGUCUCACAAAGCGGCAUCACUAGCUAAACGUAGACUUGGAACUGGUAGAAUAAAGCAGGUAUGGGGCUGUGAUAUAAUAGUGGAUUGGGCGGACCCUCAAGAGGAACCUGACGAGCAAACAAUGAGCAAAGUGAAGGUGUUGUACGCGCGCAACCUGACGCAAGAGAUAACUGAAGACGCGCUGAAGGAAGAGUUCGAGCGCUACGGCACUGUAGAGCGCGUCAAGAAGAUUAAGGAUUACGCGUUCGUGCAUUUUGAGGACCGGGACUGUGCAGUAAAGGCGAUGCAAGAGCUAGACGGUAAAGAAAUGGGUGGUGCGCGACUGGAAGUGUCGCUAGCCAAGCCGCCGUCCGACAAGAAGAAGAAAGAAGAAAUACUGCGCGCUCGCGAACGACGUAUGAUGCAGAUGAUCCAUGGCCGCGGCGGAUUCGAUUGGUGCAGCUGCUCGCCGGUACUGCGCGGCCGCACCCCGCAGCCGCAGCCGCGCCCGCCCCAGGCGCGCGGCGACUACGAUUAUGAUUACGACUAUUACGGGUACGGUGAUUACCGAGGUGGCUACAAUGAGCCAUUUUACCGGUACGAUGAGUUCUAUUUUGAUUACGCGGGGCCACCGCAACCGUCCGCCGUCCGCCAGCCUCCCAACAGACCGCAACCGGACGACGAGCUCGGUCUCGGGCCCAACUCGCUUUACUACGAUCUAACCGGAGGCAUUCAGGCUGGGUCAUGUGGGACGGGCGGGCGAUGGGCGCGGCGCGCGGCGGCGCCGGCCCCCGCGGCUGGGGCCCGUGGUGGUGCGCGCCGCGUCGCGCGUGGCCGCCGCACGCCCAGCGCCAUGCGUGGCAAUCCCCGCGCCAAGCCAAGUUUACCAGGUAAACGUAAACACGACGGGGGCCACCAGAACGUCGGGGGGGAGUGCAAGCGGCGGGUGGGCGCGGGCGGGUGCGGCGCGGGCGCGGGCUGGGGCGGCGGCGCGCUGGCAGCAGCAGCCGCUGGCCAGCUAGCGCGGGGGGCGCGGGGGGCGCGGGGAGCGCGAGGGGCGCGGGUAGGGAGCGGGGAGCGCGGGCGCGGGCGCCGCGGGCGGCCGGCCCCCGCAUGGGAGGCACUACAAGCUGCGCGGGGGAUGCACUGGCCGCUGCGCGCGCGCGCUCGCGGCCCGCGGAUACGUUCACGUCCGGUCCUCGCUGCGUGCCGAGAGGAUCGCUCUACUUUUUUCUAUAUAUGUGUUUUUUUAUUUGAUUUUCGAGUUUUCGAUUUUGUAUCGCAUCGAUCCGAAAAAAUCUUAAAGUAGGACGUUAUGAAAUGUUUCGAUUGUAAGUUUCCCGUUAUGCUUAUGUUUUUCACUGUCGUAUUAGCCGUAUAUAUAUUUAAUAUAUACUUUAUUUGAGGGGAGCGCACGGCCGCGGUUGCCUGUUUGCGACCGUGCGCUUGGGUCGCGGACCCGUCGACUGUCUGUUUUUUUUUAAUACAUGUUAUUCGAUAUAUUUUAUUCCUGUGAACGCAUUUUGCGAUGUGAUGUGUAUUUUAGCAGUAAUUAUUAUAUUGUAAGGAGUUUGACUGUUGUUUUUUGACAUACUUACAACUUAGGAUACUUGAAUGAAUUUAAUCGGAUUCUUGAAUGAAUUGAACUCUCCGACGACUAGCGAUUACGGCUAAAAUAAAACCACCCCCUGUACUCGAACAUUUCCCGACUGUGUUCCUGCUUUAGUUUUUUUUGCUUUAUUUUUAUUACAUAUUUCCCUUAAAAUACAUUAGUGUGAGGCAGUAGUAUUGUAAAGUUCAGGAUUUCUGUAAUGUUUAUUAUUGCUGUACUAAACUUUUUUUUUGUAUUCGACCACAUAGCAUGUCCAUACUGUUAGAACUCGACUUGUAUCAAUCUUGUAUCAGUUUAAUAUGUGGAAUAAAUUUGCAAAACUGUGUUUGCCUUAUUA